AUGUCCAGAACGACAGCUUUCUUUCUGUCCUUGGAAAGGUUCAUCAGUGACUUCGACAGAGAGAUCAGCCCAGACACUGCGGUGAACCUCAGUCCUCUGCUGUCUGAGGAGGACGUUUUGAGGAUGAACGAACACAUUAACCAGCUCGAUCAAAUCAGGAUGGACCCAGACUUCCGGAUGGUGUUCUUGUUUCAGAGAGUUCCUCCCUCCCAUUUCCUGGAUUUGCUCAGCACCCAUGAGCCCGAGAUGCUGCGGUUCCUCAGUGACCUGGAGGAGGUCGCCGUGCAGCUCGACAAAAUGAACAAAGGGGCUAAGAUCUCCUCUGUGGUCGGCAGCUCGGCGGCAGCCAUUGGAGGCCUCCUGACCAUUGGUUUGGCAUUAACCCCUGUAACAGCGGGGGCGUCUGUAGCUCUGUCAGUAAUUGGGUUGGUGCUGGAGGGGGGCAUUGGAGCCACCAACGCUAUCACCAACCUCACAGGGAUCUGGGUUAAUUAUCAGAACCUAGAUAAAGCUCAGAAAGCCUUCAAAAGCUUUGUGACAUGUAUGCAAGAGAUCCAGAGCUGCCUAAAGGAGGCGAGCAGCCAAACCGGGACGGAAGUGCAAACAAGUACAAACGAUGUGCUCAUGGAACUCGACGGGGCUGAUCUCAGCAUGGGCGGCGUUAGAAAAAACGUAGAAUCACUUAUUGACAACGUCAAGGAAGUUGAAGCUGGUUUGAGUUUGGCCUCAGACCUCCCAGACGUGAGUCAGGCUGUAGUCGAAGGAACUCUCACUCUGUUCAGCGAGGCUUUCUCCUUAGGUUUCGAUGUCUUCUCUGUCUGUAAGAAUGGCAAAGAUCUGGCCAAGGGCACCGAGACCAUCAUCUCAAAGUUCAUCAGAGCCAGAGCCGCACUCUGGCGUUCUGAGAUGGAUUCAUGGAGGAAAAUGCAGGAUUCUCUGAGCAACGGUCUGCCAACUGCACAAGAGAAGAAGGAGAUCUUAGAGGCUUCGUUCAUCAGUGACUUCGACAGAGAGAUCAGCCCAGACACUGCGGUGAACCUCAGUCUUCUGCUGAUGGACCCAGACUUCCGGAUGGUGUUCUUGUUUCAGAAAGUUUCUCCCUCCCAUUUCAUGGAUUUGCUCAGCACCCAUGAGCCCGAGAUGCUGCGGUUCCUCAGUGACCUGGAGGAGGUCGCCGUGAACCUCGACAAAAUGAACAAAGGGGCUAAGAUCUCCUCUGUGGUCGGCAGCUCGGUGGGAGCCAUUGGAAGCAUCCUGUCCAUCAUUGGUUUGGCAUUAAUCCCUGUAACAGCGGGGGCGUCUGUAGCUCUGUCAAUCAGUGGGUUGGUGCUGGGGGUGGCCAGUGGAACCAACAGCGCUAUCACCACCCUCACAGGGACCCUGGUUAAUAAACAGAACCAAAAUGAAGGUCAGAAAGCCUUCGAAAGCUUUGUGAGGUGUAUGCAGAAGAUCCAGUCCUGCCUUGAGGAGGCGAGGAGCCAAACUGGGACCGAAGUGCAAACAAGUACAAACGAUGUGCUCAUGGAACUCGGCCAGGCUGCUCUUAGCAUGGGCGGCGUUGGAAAAACCAUAGAUUCACUUAUUGACAACGUCUCUUCUUUAAAAGCUUUGAAAAUGGAAGGUGCAGGUGGUGCUGCAGCGAAAGAAGUUGAAUCGGGUUCGAAAUUUUGCGGGCUGGCCUCGGACCUCCCAGACGUGGGUCAGGCUGCAACCAAAGGGCCUCUCGCUCUGUCCAAGGGGGCUCGAGCGGGCCUCAUCACUCUAAAUGCUCUCUUCCUUGGUUUAGAUGUCUUCUUUAUUUGUAAGGAUGGCAAAGAUCUGGCCAAGGGCACCGAGACCAUCAUCUCAAAGUUCAUCAGAGCCAGAGCCGCACUCUGGCGUUCUGAGAUGGAUUCAUGGAGGAGAAUGCAGGAUUCUCUGAGCAACGGUCUGCCAACUGCACAAGAGAAGAAGGAGAUCUUAGAGGCUUCAUUUAACAGACAGAAUCUAAAGGAGGCCUUGUGCUGCUAUGUUUUGUACACCGCAAUGUACACCGACACGGUGAGAAGUUUUCUGGAGAUUCUCCCUGAAUGGACGCUGGCAAGAGAGAUAGAAAUGCUGCUUCUGGUCGACAUCAAAGACCGAUUAGACAAGCUUUCCUUUAAGCUCAGUAACAUCACUGAGUCUAAGGCUAAAGGUAAAGCUUUGAAGGAUUCAGUGAUCAAUUUUAUCAAAAAAGACAGCAAGCUUGGAGAGCUGGAGGGAGAACUGGCCGCUGUGUUGAGGAACACUCCGGCUGGUCUGGAGCAGCUGGACGGCGUCCUGGAUGCAGUGGAGAAGCUGGCUGCGACCUCAAAGCACGUGUUCACCAGGAACCAGAUACUACACCUGUCCAAUGAGACCCACCUGGACACUAUCCAGGCUAUCAUCACUGCUGCACGGCACGCCAGCCCUCUUCUUCUGGAGUUUAAAAGAGACGCAAAAGCCUUUUUCCAGCCCAAACUUCCGAAUUUGGAGGUGCUGUCUUAUCAGCUGGAUAGAUACGUAAAGACCACCAAUAUGAUAUGUGAGAAGCUGCCACGAAGGUUGAUCGGUGACUUCGACAGAGAGAUCAGCCCAGACACUGCGGUGAACCUCAGUCCUCUGCUGUCUGAGGAGGACGUUUUGAGGAUGAACGAACACAUUAACCAGCUCGAUCAAAUCAGGAUGGACCCAGACUUUCGGAUGGUGUUCUUGUUUCAGAGAGUUCCUCCCUCCCAUUUCAUGGAUUUGCUCAGCACCCAUGAGCCCGAGAUGCUGCGGUUCCUCAGUGACCUGGAGGAGGUCGCCGUGAAGCUCGACAAAAUGAACAAAGGGGCUAAGAUCUCCUCUGUGGUCGGCAGCUCGCGGGGGCAUCUUGGGUUGGUGCUGGGGGUGGCCAGUGGAACCAACAGCGCUAUCACCAACCUCACAGGGACCCUGGUUAAUAAACAGAACCAAUAUAAAGGUCAGAAAGCCUUCGAAAGCUUUGUGAGGUGUAUGCAGAAGAUCCAGUCCUGCCUUGAGGAGGCGAGGAGCCAAACUGGGACCGAAGUGCAAACAAGUACAAACGAUGUGGUCAUGGGACUCGGCCAGGCAGCUCUCAGCGUGGGUUGCGUUGGAAAAAAAAUAGAUUCACUUAUUGACAACGUCUCUUCUUUAAAAGCCUUGAAAAUUGGUGCAGCUGGUGGUGCAGCUGGUGCUGCAGCGAAGGAAGUUAAAGCAGGUUCGAGAUUCUCCAGGCUGGCCUCGGACCUCCCAGACGUGGGUCAGGCUGCAGCCAAAGGGCCUCUCGCUCUGUCCAAAGGGGCCCGGGCGGGCCUCAUCACUCUAAAUGCUCUCUUCUUGGGUUUAGAUGUCUUCUUUAUUUGUAAGGAUGGCAAAGAUCUGGCCAAGGGCACCGAGACCAUCAUCUCAAAGUUCAUCAGAGCCAGAGCCGCACUCUGGUGUUCUGAGAUGGAUUCAUGGAGGAAAAUGCAGGAUUCUCUGAGCAAAGGUUUGCCAACUGCACAAGAGAAGAAGGAGAUCUUAGAGGCUUCGUUUUAUAUCAAACUAAAGGAGGCCUUGUGCCGCUACGUUUCUAACACCGCAAUGUACAUCGAUACGGUGAGAAGUUUUCUAGAGAUUCUCCCUGAAUGGACGCUGGCAAGAGAGAAAGAAAUUAAUCAUAUGGUCAACAUAAUAGACCGAUUAGACAAGCUUUCCUUUAAGCUCAGUAAUAUCACUGAGUCUCAGGCUAAAGGUAAAGCUUUGAAGGAUUCAGUGAUCAAUUUUAUAAAAAAAGACAGCAAGCUUGCAGAGCUGGAGGGAGAACUGGCCGCUGUGUUGAGGGAGGCUCUGGGUGGUCUGGAGCAGCUGGACGGCUUCCUGGAUGCAGUGGAGAAGCUGGCUGUGACCUCAGAGCACGUGUUCACCAGGAACCGGAUACUACACCUGUCCAAUGAGACCCACCUGGACACUAUCCAGGCUAUCAUCACUGCUGCACGGCACGUCAGCCCUCUUCUUCUGGAGUUUAAAAGAGACGCGAAAGCCUUUUUCCAGCCCAAACUUCCUAAUUUGGAGGUGCUGUCUUAUCAGCUGGAUAGAUAUGUAAAGACCACCAAUACGAUAUGUGAGAAGCUGCCACGAAGGAUGGACCCGGACUUCCGGAUUGUGUUCUUGUUUCAGAAAGUUCCUCCCUCCCAUUUCAUGGGUUUGCUCAGCACACAUGAGCCCGAGAUGCUGCGGUUCCUCAGUGACCUGGAGGAGGUCGCCGUGAAGCUCGAAAUAAUUAACAAAGGGGCUAAGAUCUCCUCUGUGACCGGCAGCUUGGCGGGAGCCAUUGGAAGCAUCCUGUCCAUUGUUGGUUUGGCAUUAAUCCCUGUAACAGCGGGGGUGUCUGUAGCUCUGUCAGUAAGUAAGUCGGUGCUGGAGGGGGCCACCAACGCUAUCACCAACCUCACAGAGACCUGGGUUAAUAAUCAGAACCUAGAUGAAGCUCAGAAAGCCUUCCAAAGCUUUGAGAAGUGUAUGCAGAAGAUCCAGUGCUGCCUGGAGGAGGCGAGGAGCCAAACCGGGACGGAAGUGCUAACAAGCACAAACGAUGUGCUCAUGGGACUCGGCGGGGCUGAUCUCAGCGUGGGCGACGUUAGAAAAACCAUACGUUCCCUUACUGACAAAGUCUCUUCUUCAAAAGCAGGUGGUGAUGCACCGAAGAAAAUCGAAGCAGGUUCGAGAUUCUCCAGGCUGGCCUCAGACAUCCAAGACGUGGGUCAGGCUGCAGCCAAAGGGCCUCUCGCUUUGUCCAAGGAAGAGAGCAUCACUCUAAAUGCUCUCUUCCUUGGUUUAAAUGUCUUCUUUAUCUAUAAGAAUGGCAAAGAUCUGGCCACGGGCACCGAGACCAUCAUCUCAAAGUUCAUCAGAGCCAGAGCCGCACUCUUGCGUUCUGGGAUGGAUUCAUGGAGGAGAAUUCAGGAUUCUCUGAGCAAAGGUCUGCCAACUGCACAAAAGAAGAAGGAGAUCUUAGAGGCUUCAGGGAUCAGCCCAGACACUGCGGUGAACCUCAGUCCUCUACUGUCUGAAGGCAAAGUUUGGAGGAUGUUAGAACACAUAAAUCAGCUCGAUGAAAUCAGGAUGGACCCAAACUUCCGGAUGGAGCUGGACUGCUUCCUGGAUGCGGCGGAGACGCUGGCCGUCACGUCUCUCCACGUGUUCACCAAGAACCAGCUGCUGAUCCUGCCCCAGGAGAUCGGCCUCGACUACGUCCAGGCGGUCAUCACAGCUGCGCGGAGCGUCUGUCCUCUGAUCCUGGAGUUUAAACGGGAGGCCAAAGCCUUCUUCUCUCCCAAACUCCAGAAUGUGGAGGUGCUGGCACAUCUGCUGGACAAGUACAUCCAGACCUCCAAGAACAUCUGUGAGAAGAUGGAUAAAAGCUGUUUGACCGACUUCAGCCUGAAGACCAGUGAACCUGCGGUGGAAAUCUGUGUGGACAUGUCAGAUGAUGACAUACAAAGGAUGCUUGACCACCUGGAGGAGAGCGCAGUUCAGCGGGACAGGAUGAACAAAGGGGCGAAGAUCUCCAGCGUGGCCGGCAGCUCUGUGGGCGCCGUCGGGGGUGUGCUCUCCAUCGUCGGCCUGGCCCUCAUUCCAGUCACAGCUGGGGUGUCUCUGGCUCUGACCAUGACUGGAGUUGGGCUGGGGGUCACCAGCAAAGUCAACAGCGUGGUCACCACAGCCACAGAGAUGGGGGUCAAUCUAACUCAGCAAAAGAAAGCCAACGAGGUCUUCCAGAGCUUCAUGGAGGACGUGGCAAGAAUCCAGGACUGUCUGGGCGAGGUGAGCCGGCAAAUGGUUGCCAAAAUGGAAACGGAUGGCAUAGAGGUGGCCGUGGGAGUCGGCAAGAUCCUUCGUAAUUCCGUCACUAUUGGAAGAGGCAUUAAUAAGCUUGUGGACAUGGCUUCUGCUGCCAAGCUGCUAAACGCAGAAAAGGCCAUUGCAAGUGAAGGUAAAGUUUUGGCUCAGGAGGGAAAAGCUUUGCGCAACAAUCCCAGGGUGGCUUCAGAAAUCCCGGAUGUCGGCUCGGCAGUUGCAAAAGGGCCUCUUGCCCUCGGCAAGGGAGCUCGGGCAGGUUUCAUCGCUCUCAACGCUCUCUUCCUCGGCAUGGAUAUCUUCUUCAUCUGCAAAGACAGCAUCAGUCUGGCCAGAGGCAGCGAGACCGAGACCUCCCAGUUCAUCCGAGCCAGAGCCGCGCUGUGGAGCUCAGAGAUCGACUCGUGGAAGAAGAUCCACGACUGUCUGGAUGAAGGCCUGAAGACGUCAGCGAAGAAGAAGGCCGUCCUGGAGACGCCCUUUUAUCCUGAUACUUAG